UAAAGCAAAACAAACAAAUGUCUACACAAACACAAAUAUAAAGUCGAUAAAAUGUUUAUAUUGGCAUUGCUGAUAAGUUGGAAAUAACUUUAUAAUGGAAACUUUGUGCCGCAUAUGCGGUGAACAGCCAGGAACCACACAUAUUUUCAGCAGCCCUACUGGAUCCAAACUGAGUGAAAUGUUAAUGUACAUUUGUGUUAACAUAAAGAUUAAUGAAAGUGAUGGACUGCCUGAACACGUCUGCAAUAUUUGUGAACAGGAAUCGAAAUCCGCAUAUCAGUUUGUGCGAAAAUGUGAAGAUUCUGACAAAAGGUUAAGAUCUAAAUACAUAAAUUCCCUGAAGCAGGAGUGUGCCGGCAACAAUGAAGAACAAGAAGUAAAGGACGAGCCCGGCGACUCACCCCGCCAUUACCAUGAUGAGGUGUGUGAAGAUGACAGCAUUGAGGAUUUGAAGCCUCUUCUAACUGAUCUAGGAAAUAUAAAAGAACCAACAAAUAGUAAACAUUGGGACCAUGUUAAUAUUCCAAUAGAAUUCUCCAAGGAACAUAAGAAAGAAUCUUACCCUUGCCAGAAUUGUGAUCAUACAUUCAGAUAUAAAUAUAAAUUAAAUAUCCACAAGAUGAAGUGCCAUGGAGAGAAGAAACCAUACAGCUGUGAGAGUUGUGAGAAGGCAUACACCACCAGGGGCAGCUUGAAAAAACAUCAGCUCCUCCGCCACUGUGCGGAGCCGCGGAAGAGGGACUACAUCUGCGAGGCAUGUGGGAAGGCAUUCUAUUCCAAAAAUGGCAUAAAAAUUCACAUGAGAACUCACACAGGAGAAGCACCACACGCUUGCUCUAUUUGCCCUAAAAAGUUUAAACAAAUAAGUACAUUAAAGAAGCAUGAGCAGUAUCACUCGGAGCAGAAGCCAUACUCGUGCUCGGAGUGCGGGAAGGCGUUCAAGACCCGGGACUCCCUAAGCGGCCACCUGCUGGUGCACUCCGCUGACAAGAACUUCACAUGUCCUGUCUGUAAGUCUACAUUCAAAUUUAAGAACAGCUUGAGGGCACAUUUAGUUCUGCAUUCUGGAAUAAAAGGGUUUGUGUGUGAUCACUGUGGUCGUGCUUUCUACACCAAGGGGAAUCUCAAGAUGCACAUUGACAAGCAACACUCAGAGAAGUCGGGACAGUGCGCGGUGUGCAAGAAGCAUGUCCCCGACCUGCAGGAGCACAUGAAGAAGCAUUCUGGUGAAAAAUCAUUCAAGUGCAAGCUCUGUGACAGUUCCUUUGGGACUCUGAAUGGAUUGAGUCAUCACACAAAUUUUCGUCAUAAAAACACAGAUAGAUUCAAAUGUUCAUAUGAAGGGUGCGGCAAGACGUUUCCGUCGGCGCCGAUGGUGCAGUUCCACGAGGCCAAGCUGCACGGCGGCGGCGCCCCGCUCGCCUGCGCGCGCUGCGCCCGCCCCUUCUACCGCCGGAACGACCUCGCACGGCACAUGAUCGGCACACACAAGGAGAGGCUUUCCAAUAACAAAUGAAACUAUAUUCAACUGUCACAUAAUGCUUUUUAUAUUUAAAUAGCUGGAUUUAUACAACAUUCUUGUAUGAGGUGUACUUUCAUCAAUUAUUAUCACAGACCACUACAGAUAUUACCUAGAAGGGAAACUGCAAGCUUCGAGGGAAUUCCAUACAAACAAUCAUAGCUUUAUGUAAGAUGUGUUCUAGUCAUUGAUAGUAUAAUUUAAAAGACAUAUUUCAGAGAAAAUAUAUUAUUUUAGUUAAGAUUUAAGUAAUAUCUGAAGCCUGUGCAACUAUUAUUUAUUUAAGUUGACAUAAUAAAACUGUUUUGGUCAAAUAA